GUAUUUUGGAGCUUGCGUUUGAAUUGCAUUGCUGCAGGACAUUGAAAAUAAACCUUGCACUAACGCUGUGGGCACCCGCCCGGUUCUGUUUGAGUUUGGCAGAGCACACCUCCCCACGCCGCCUCCCGCUGCGGCCCGGCCCGGCCCCUCCCUCUUCGCCCCGGGGUUUUCCGGCUGCUGCUGCGUCUUCCUUAGAUUUGCUGCCUUAAGGGUUCCGGGCUGGGACGCGAUGUCUUUGCAAGGGGCGGUGGGGGCUGCGGAGUUGAUUUUCUAUGUGAAUGGGAGAAAGAUAAUAGAGAAAAAUGCCGAUCCUGAACAGAUGCUGCUGUUCUAUCUGCGAAAGAGACUCCGUCUUACAGGAACUAAGUAUGGCUGUGGAGGAGGUGGCUGUGGUGCCUGCACGGUGAUGAUAUCAACUUAUGAGCCAGCUUCAAAGAAGAUACGACACUACUCAGCAAAUGCAUGCUUGCUUCCCAUUUGUUCCUUGUAUGGUAUGGCAGUUACCACAGUGGAAGGUGUUGGAAGUACAAGAACCAGAAUUCAUCCAGUUCAGGAAAGGCUUGCCAAGUGCCAUGGCUCCCAGUGUGGUUUCUGUACCCCUGGAAUGGUGAUGUCCAUAUACAGUUUGUUAAGAAACCACCCAGAACCAACUUCAGAGCAGAUGACUGCAGCUCUGGCUGGGAACUUGUGCCGCUGUACUGGAUACAGACCCAUUCUAGAUGCCUGUAAAACCUUUUGUAAGGAUUCUGUUUGUUGUCGAAGUAAAGCAAAUGGAAGGUGUUGCUUGGAUCAAGAAGAGGAUUUAUUUGACAGAGAAGAGAAGGAAUCUGUUGGACUGUUUUCACCAGAUGAAUUCCAGCCCUUAGAUCCCACCCAAGAGUUUAUAUUUCCUCCAGAACUUAUGAGAAUGGCUGAAAAUCAACUGAAAAGGACUCUGGUUUUUCGUGGGGAGCGGAUGAUGUGGAUUGCUCCUGUAAGCUUAGAUGAAUUACAGGAUCUGAAAGCUGCCCACCCUGAAGCACCUCUUGUUGUUGGAAACACUGGCGUGGGACCUGAUAUGAAGUUUAGAGGUGUGUUCCAUCCAAUUGUCAUUGCUCCUGCCAGGAUCCCAGAUCUGAAUGUGGUGAAAUGCACAAGUGAUGGAUUAACUAUAGGAGCUGCCUGCAGCCUCUCUCUGAUGAAAGAUAUCUUGACAAAUGCAAUUUCGGAGUUACCUGAAGAGAAGACAAAGAUUUUCUAUGCAGUCUUGCAGCAGUUAAGAACACUGGGUGGAGAACAGAUAAGAAAUGUUGCUUCAUUAGGUGGAAACAUUAUAAGUCGAAAAUCAACCUCAGACUUGAAUCCUAUUCUGGCAGCUGGCAAUUGUAUGCUUAAUCUGGCUUCAAAAGGAGGAAAGAGAUCGAUUCCUUUGAGUGACAUUUUUGCAGAUGGAGUUGGUAACAAUACUAUUAUGCCAGAAGAGAUCUUAGUCUCUGUCCAUAUUCCCCAUUCUAGGAAGGGAGAGUACAUCUCUGCAUUCAGACAAGCACCAAGAAGAGAAAAUGCUCUUCCAAUAAUUAGUGCUGGAAUGAGAGUCCUUUUUGAAGAAGGUACAGACAAAAUUAAGGAUUUGAGCAUUUUCUAUGGAGGUGCUGCAUCGACAACUAUCUGUGCAAAGCAAACUUGUCAGACACUUAUUGGAAGAUACUGGAAUGAACAGAUGUUGGAUGAGGCUUCCAGGUUAAUCCUCAAUGAAAUAGUUCUCCCGGACUCAGCCUGGGAUGGGAAAGUAGAAUAUAAAAAGACUUUGAUAAUUAGUUUCUUCUACAAUUUUUUCUUGAAAAUAUUGCAGUCACUGAAGACAAUGGACCCUUGUCGCUAUCCUGGCAUCCCUAUGGAAUAUGAGAGUGUUCUAGAACACUUCCAAACCAAAAUGCCCCAGAGCAUCCAAAUAUACCAGGAUGUAGAGUUGAGUCAGUCUCCCCAGGAUCCUGUGGGGCGGCCUGUUAUGCACCAGUCUGGAAUUAAGCAUGCCACUGGUGAAGCAGUUUACAUCGACGAUAUUCCUUCUGUGGAUGGGGAGCUCUCCCUGGCUGUUGUCACUAGUUCCAGAGCUCAUGCUAAGAUUGUAUCUAUAGAUACCUCAGAGGCUCUGAAGGAACCAGGUGUGUUUGAUGUCAUAACAGCUAAUGAUGUACCAGCUACAAAUGAGUUUCACUUCUCUGAUGAUCCAGAGAUUAUAUUUGCAAGAAGCAAGGUAAUUUGUGUGGGUCAGAUUGUAUGUGCUGUAGCUGCAGAUUCUUAUGCUCAUGCCAAACAAGCUGCUGCAAAAGUGAAGAUAAAGUAUGAAGCGCUGGAACCUGUGAUUUUGACAAUUGAGGAUGCUGUAAAGCACAACUCAUUCUUUGAGCCAAAAAGAAAAUUAGAACAUGGAAACGUUGAUGAGGCGUUUGAAACUGUUGAUCAUAUACUUGAAGGGGAGAUUCACAUUGGGGGACAGGAGCACUUUUAUAUGGAGACUCAGAGUGUGCUUGCUAUUCCAAAAGGAGAGGAUAAAGAAAUGGAUGUGUUUGUUUCAACACAACAUCCUGCAUUUAUCCAGGAGAUGGUAGCUGCAAGUCUAGGUGUUCCAGCAAACAGGAUCAUGUGCCAUGUUAAACGAGUUGGUGGAGCUUUUGGUGGGAAACUCCUGAAAGCUGGUUUACUGGCAUCAGUUGCUUCAGUGGCAGCAAACAAAACCAACAGAGCAGUCCGUCUCAUUCUGAGCCGGGGAGAUGAUAUGUUAAUCACUGGUGGCCGACAUCCUUUCAUUGGCAAAUAUAAAGUUGGCUUCAUGAAUGAUGGUAGGAUCAGAGCUGUGGAUGCCAAGUACUACAUUAAUGGAGGAUGCACCCCUGAUGAAUCUGUCCUGGUAACAGAAAUAUCCAUAUUAAAAAUGGACAAUGCAUAUAAGAUUCCCAACUUGAGAUGCUGGGCUUAUGCUUGCAAAACAAACUUGCCAUCAAACACAGCAUUUCGAGGAUUUGGUUUUCCUCAGUCGGGACUGGUGACAGAAACUUGGAUAACAGGAAUUGCAGAGAAAACUGGUUUAUCUCCAGAAAAGGUUCGGGAAAUAAAUAUGUACAAGGAGGAUGAGCAAACACACUUCAAACAAAAGCUUGAUCCACAGAACUUAAAGCGUUGUUGGAAUGAAUGUUUGGAGAAAUCUGCAUACUACAGUAGGAAAACAGCUAUCGAGGAAUUUAACAAACAAAAUUACUGGAAGAAAAAAGGGAUUGCCAUUGUUCCAAUGAAGUUUCCAUUUGGGCUGGGCUCACGUUACCUUUCUCAGGCUGCUGCACUGGUUCAUAUUUAUACAGAUGGGUCUGUGCUUUUGACACAUGGUGGAAUUGAAUUGGGACAGGGUAUUCAUACAAAAAUGAUCCAGGUUGCUAGUCGGGAAUUAAACAUUCCAAUGUCAUAUAUUCACUUCUGUGAAACAAGCACAACAACUGUUCCUAAUGCGUGUGCUUCAGUGGGAUCUGCAGGGACAGAUGUCAACGGCAUGGCUGUGAAGAAUGCUUGCCAAACUCUUCUGAAACGCCUCCAGCCUAUCAUUAACAAGAACCCAAAAGGCAACUGGAAUGAUUGGAUUAAAGAAGCCUUUGAACAAAGUGUGAGUCUUUCAGCUACUGGCUACUUUAGAGGUUACGAUGCAGAUAUGGACUGGGAGAAAGGGGAAGGACAGCCAUUCACAUACUUUCUUUAUGGAGCUGCUUGUUCAGAGGUUGAAAUUAACUGUUUAACAGGAGAUCACAAGAACCUCAGAACAGACAUAGUUAUGGACAUUGGAUGCAGCAUAAAUCCAGCUGUGGAUAUAGGACAGAUUGAAGGUGCCUUUGUUCAAGGCAUUGGACUUUACACAAUGGAAGAAUUAAAGUACACUCCAGAAGGAGUCCUACGUACUCGAGGUCCAGAUCAGUAUAAGAUCCCUGCUGUUUGUGAUGUUCCAGAACAGUUUAAUGUUUCCCUGCUGUCAUCUUCCCAGAAUCCAUAUGCCAUCUAUUCAUCCAAGGGGUUAGGCGAGGCGGGAUUUUUCUUGGGAUGCUCUGUAUUCUUCGCAUUGAGGGAUGCAAUAAGUUCUGUGAGGAAUGAAAGAGGACUAAAAAAGACCAUUACACUGAACAGCCCUCUGACUGCUGAACAAAUACGAGCAGCCUGCACAGAUGACUUUACUAAGAUGGUAAUAGGAAGAUGACAAAUGAUGAAUCUACUUCCUCUACUUCUUGAGCCAGAGUGCACGAGACCUGAACGGAAUUUCAACUACUGAUUUCCUGCCCCGAAACACACUAAUCAACUCACAUAAAAUAAAGUAUUUUCUCAUUUUCAAAAUAGUAACAUAUAUAUUAAAAAAAAAAAAAAAAGCACAUAAUUAUAUAUUAAAAAAAAAGCACAUUACUCUUCUAUCAGUCUUCAUUCUCUGUCUGAUAUACUUACUACACCACUCGAGUUAUAACAUUUAGCUAUUAGAAAUACAUAUCCAAACAUACAUAUUCCACUAGAAGAGUCUGCUGAAUUGCUCUGUUGCAGAGCAGCCCCAGAAAGAUCAGUUAAUAUGCUGCAGGAGAAGAAAGUUAGGAUGUAUUAUAAAGGUAUGUUAGAUUCCUUCCUACCAUUUAUUACACUUAAGUACUUCAUAUGACGUGAUUUUUGAGAAACUUCAGCAAAUAUUCCUGAGAGUUAAGUCAUGCAGCGUGGGGUCUGUGCAGACAUCUUUGUUGAAAAAUUGUUUAUUAAAUUAAAUCUCUUUUUGAUAGCAAGUGAUGCUCUGAUUUGUAGCAAAGUCAGUCUAGAAAUGUCUUGGUACAGACAUCUUUGUGUUAAGAACAUACGGAAAACUACUGUUAUGAUUUUCUUUUGUUAUGCCAGGCAAAUUGGUAUGGCUGACCUAUACAGAUAGGAGAUUAAUUUUAUCCUCAAAGCUGGAAGAAUUACUUAGAUGUAGUUUCCCAUUAAGUCUUUUCCUAUGGCAUGGAGAGGUUCAAAAGCCUGUGAACUUAGUGGGAAAGUUCACAUGGGCUUCAGCUUUUAAAUAGGGGCCUGGAUGAAUCUGUCUCUGGAAAGGAUUCUUAAACAGUGCUUAAUCCUGUUCCCUGCAUUCUACUGUAGAGUUGUGAGAGUACAGUUAAGAGCUUUUCUUUCACAAUUGAGUGUUACUGUGAUUUAAAAAAAAAAAAAAAAAGAUAAAAACAAAAUAACAACAACAGAAAACAAUUUAAAAACAGCAAAAGAUAUCUGCAAAUAUUGAUCAUCUGUUGCUGCCUUGGCAGCAGACAAGUAGUAGCAGCUGGAGACUGGAAAAUAUAAAGCAGCGCUGUUUAGAAUGGUAACAGAAAUUCUGGUGUUAUUAAAUUUGAAGAAUGUAUUUAUUUGUAAUGUAAGACAAGAUUGAGAAAUUACAUAGGAUAUAUCAAAAUUAAUAUAUUAUGGAAGCUCCAGACACUGUUUCCUGAUUUCAACAUUAGAAUCUGUUGAAUUUUACUCAUGGAAAACUUCAGCCUUUCCUCUUAUCAAAGUGCAAACUUGAAAGUUCAAUUCUGAAUGUGUUCACAGGUGCCCAGAAAUAUCCAGAAGUCUGUGGUGUUUGGAUUUGGGGCUUUGAUGUAAGAUGCAUUACAGAAAAAUCGUUACUCUGUCAAUGUAUGUAUGUGUGUUACACAAAGUAACACCUGAAAAAAAAAUAGUAGGUUCUUUCCUGAAGUUGAACAGUCACACAUUCAACAUGUGAUUUCAGUGAACAUCUGCAUCAUCUAUUCCUUGCUGUGGUUUAUAAUGAAAAUCAGUGGCUCAGAUUAGUUGACACAUUAGUCUUAAGCCUCUCAUUUCAAUUCUUAGUUUACCACCAACUGUUUUCUCUUCUUCCCUUUCAAGCCUUUUAUGAGCUGGUAUUUUAUUUGUGAGGGAAGCCAUGUUAGCUGGUUGGACUUACUUUGUUUCAGCUAUUAAAAUUCAAAAUGUUUAUUGUUGCAAUUUGUGACUCUGUAAUCUCUGUGUGGGUGAAAUUCAUCUGCUUAAACUUAGGGAUCGAGUGCCGUUUUAGACGUGGUAAGACAGCAGAGACUCAGGAGAUCCUACAACUAGAAGAUAUGACAUUGUAACUGAAAGCUAAAAAGCUUAUAGUAGGUCAUCAGAAAGGACACUAGAAGUGUGUGUUAGGUGGCUGAAGCCUUGUUGGUUUGAACUUCUUUUUCUUCAUUUUUUCAUUGUACUUCUUUAGGUCUUACAUAUUUUAAGAAAAAUCAAUAAAAAAUCAAUAAAUGUA